AGGGCGUCUGGCCAACACAGACGGUCAGGAUCACGGGUCCGGCCAUCGAGUGAUGGGGGUCACCGGAGGUCGGCGUCCCGAGCGAGACGGUCCCUUUCGAUUUCUGGUCUCACAAGAGGCCCUAGUGGGCCUGCUGAUCCACUGAAAGAGCCUCGGAGAUCCAUCGGCAAGCGACCAGAAGAGUUCGAUCUGAGAGCCAGAGACUCCCGCAAUGGACACAAGUUCCUCAAGAGGGAGAAGGACCUGGUACGGGAGGUGCCCUUCGCUGCGCCUUAUGCAAAGAGUGGAGUGGUUCUCUCAUCACCCGCUUCCUGGAGUGACUUUAAGGUGCCUGGUCCACUGACUCUGGGACACGGACAGUGGUGGUACCUUAUAGCUGGCCAGUCGAUUGUGGCAGCGGUCAUCUCAGGAGCAAUCAACUUUGGCGUGGGGUGCGCUACCUACAACAAAUACCAACCACCCACCGAACUGCGAUUUUGGCAGUGGAUUCCAGUGCCCCUCGCAGGAGACAUGGGAGUCACAAUCAUUGUGCAACAGAUCGUCUCAAUGAUCAUCACAUCCGCUUUGGUCCAUCAUGAUCUCACAGAUGGCCCAAUCGGCCCUCUACGCCGACCUUGGCCACCUCUGAUGCACCUCCCAUCCACGCCCUCACCUACGGGUAGCUGGCUGGGCUGCAGGAUGAGCGCCGAUGUGCCGGAUGAGAAGCCUCUGUACAUGGGCAAGGCAGAAGGGCAGGGCAAGCUCAAGCGCUACUGGUGGUGGCUGGUUCGAGCCUCUCUUACCGGUAGCGAACGUAAUGAUAUUCUUGCAAAAGGCAUCAGCUGGAGACAGCGCUGCGAGCGGAUCCUAUGGACUGCCGUGCAAGGCUUCAUACUCUGCCUCCUCACUUUCCCCUGGUUCUGGCCAAUCUCCAUCGCCAUUGUCGCACCCAUCUACGAGCACCGCAACUUGGCGGGGACUUGGAUCCCGCCCAUUGUCAAGCUGCUGUAUGGGGCCAUCAUGGCUCUCCUUACCAACCCCAUCAUGGCAUUACUGGCAAUGGGAGCCGAGAGCAGCGUCAGGCGUGCCUACCCAGAGCUAGACAUCUGGCAACCCUUUGGUGGAGAAGCAGACUAUCAAGCUUGGCUGACUGAACAACACAUUGCAGGGGACGAAGUCGAAAUUGGA